AUGGAGGAAGACGACGACGACUUUUACGGCGGUAGAGGAGAGGAGGGAGAGACGAUGGAGGUCGAAGCGCAGGAUGCGCCGGUGGAGAAAGUGGAAGAUGGCGAGUCCGGCAGCGACGAGGAAUCCGACAGCGACGAUGACGUGCAGUUCACAUUAGAAGCGCCAGCAGGAGCAAAAGCAGAGCCGCCUCCAGGAUCAAAAGCAGCGCGGCAACAGCAAUCCGAGAAGAAAGCACAGCCCGAUCGCCGAGGAUCCAUCGAAAACUCCAAACCUGCCAAAUCACAAAAGACCGAAAGAUCUUCAUCAACAACAAAAGCAGAGCCCGGCCCCGCAGUACCGACAUCUCUCACACACAACGGCCGCGAAGGCAAAGACUUUCCUCAAAUCCGCAGCUCAGACCCCGUCGACGUCAAUGGCACACCCAUAUGGCCCGCAAACGGUAAACCCAUCACAGCCCUAGACAUCGACGCCGACCUAGCCGAACACUCCAAGCCAUGGAGAUUACCAGGAACCGACCAGACCGAUUUCUUCAACUAUGGCUUUKAUGAGUACACAUGGACACAAUAUACUCUACGUCAACAGACUAUGGGUAACACAAUCCAAGACCUCAAAGCGGAGGACGCAAAGAUGAAAGCCAUGUUCGCGGGCGGACCGGGUGCAGGAGGACCUCCAGGAAUGCCGCCUGGAAUGCCGGGAAUGCCACCGGGGAUGCCCAUGCCCAACCCACAAGAAAUGCAACAGAUGAUUGCGCAGGGGAUAAUACCGCCGGAGUUUGCGGAGAUGAUGAUGAGCGGAGGGAUGCCUGGGAUGGGAGGUGGUGGAAUGGGAGGAGGAAUGGGACAGCAGAAUCAAUUCCAGCAGCAACAGCAACAAGGGGGUGGGUUUCAACAAGGCGGUGGCGGUGGUGGUGGUGGAGGAUUCGGCGGCCCUGGGCAGAAUAGUGUUUCCCCUCAUCCACAACCUGGCCAGCAAGCUUUCCAGCCGCCACAGGGUCCUGGUGGUGGACAGCAGCAGUGGGGUCCGCAGCCUGGAAGCGAGGGAUAUAGUGCGCAGCAAAUGGCCAUCAUGCAGCAGCAGGAACAGAUGGGUGGUGGAGGCAGAGGGCGUGGCAGAGGGCGACGGGGUGGAUGGUGA